AUGAUCAGAUAUCAAUAUCAGAAGUUGCGCCAAUUUCUCCUGGAGGAGGAGCAACGCCAUCUGGAGACAAUGGACAGAGAAGCAGAAGAGAUUGUUCGACAACUCCGACACAGUGAAGUAAGAAUAGCCCAACAUAUAAAACAGACGAAAGACAUGUACAGAGAGCUGUGGGAGAUGUGCCACAUGCCUGAUGUGAAGCUGCUCCAGGACUUGGAAAACAUACUGGAAUGGACAGAGUUGGUGCAAAUGGAAAAGCCCCAGCCAGUGAACCCAGAACUCACUUCCUGGCACAUCACCGGAGUGCUAGAGAUGCUCAACAAAUUCAGAGUGGAUGAUCCUCUGAGUAAGGAAAGGGCAAGUCACUAUAUGAGCCUUUCUGAGGAUGCGAGAAAUGUGAUAUUUGGAGAUGACCAUGAUGGUGCGCCCGGGGAGUCCCAGAGAGCAGAGAACUUUGCAGCAUGGGGAGCUCAGGCCUUCUCCUCCGGCAGGCAUUACUGGGAAGUGGAUGUAACUCACUCCUCCAACUGGAUUCUGGGAGUCUGUAAAGAUUCCAGGACAGCAAACACAAAUCACGUUCCUGCUUUUGAGGAAGCAUUUUUUCUAUUUUCUUCAAAGAGAAACAACCUUUAUAGUCUCUCCAACAUCUUUCUUCCCUUAACUCACUAUGUGCAAAGACCUUUGGGUCGGGUUGGGGUGUUUCUGGAUUAUGACAACACAGUUGUGAGCUUUUAUGAUGUUUCAAAAGGUUCCCUCAUAUACAGCUUUUUCCCUUCCUCUUUGUCUUCCCUUUUGACACCUUUCGUUUGUAUUGGUUCCCCAUGA